ACCAAAUAUCCACAGCCGAGCGCAGUCGACUAGAAGAAACAGCUUAUCAUUUUGUCUUAGGCAAAGAGAAUAGUAGAAGAAGAAGAAAGAAGAAAUGGGAGGCAACAUGUCACACAUUCUAGACUCGGAUGAAUCUUCACAUGGACACGAGUCUCGCAUCGUGUCCUUCCAUUCCAAGGGUCAAUGGAACACCCACUUCGCCGCCUCCAAAGACAGCGAUAAACUGAUGGUGAUUGAUUUCACGGCUACAUGGUGUGGACCUUGUAGAGCCAUGGAGCCAAUCUUGAGAGACUACGCUGAUAAAUUCACUGACGUCGAGUUUGUCAAGCUUGAUGUUGACGAGCUACCGGAUGUAGCAAGGGAGUUUGGGGUGCAGGCAAUGCCAUCAUUUGUAUUCAUGAAGAAAGGGGUGGUGGUUGAUAAGAUCGUGGGGGCUAGGAAAGAUGAACUGCAGAAGAAGAUUGAGAAACAUAGGAGAUCAUAAUUAAUCAAAUGAUUAAUUAACUGAUUAUGUGAGUAAAUUAAAGCUGGAUCAGGAUUCAGGAAUACAUUAUGAUGAUGAUGUGACACCCACGUGUGAGAGUGGAAGAAAUAAAGUGAAAUGGAAAAGAUAUAGUACCGCGGCAA